AUGUACCCCAACUCACAGUCAGCCAGACACCCGGCUCAGACUCUGUCACUGAACAGCCAGUACUUUCAGCCACCGUAUGACUUCACCAGUUAUCAUCAUGUCCCGGGAGUCGGUGAGCCGUCGACAAGCGCCUGGAACUCCGUCUACGCUCCCCGGGAGGAGUAUCCGUACAGCUGGUCCAGCCCCAACGCCGGGCAGGUCAGCUUCUCCUCCCCGGAGCUGAGCGUCACAACUAACGCAGCGGGAGGAGCGUACAACUUCAUCUCCGGACAGGACGCCCUCAGCACCAGGAGGAGACCACAUGAACCCAUCAGACCGUCCUUCUCAGGAACGAAGACACGCACUAAGGACAAGUACAGGGUGGUGUACACUGACCAGCAACGCCUAGAGCUGGAGAAGGAGUUUCAAUACAACCGAUAUAUCACCAUGAAGAGGAAGACCGAGCUGUCAAUGGAACUGAGCCUCUCUGAGAGACAGGUGAAGAUCUGGUUUCAGAACAGACGUGCCAAAGAGAGGAAAAUAAACCGCAAGAAGCUGCAGCAUUCUCAGCAGGCCUCCACAACUACACCCACCCCACCAGCGCUGGGUGGACACGCUGACACCCACAUCACCACCAGCCCCAGAGACAACAUUUUGUCUGACACUAUAUCAGAGGAAUACUAGGUGGAUUUCAUAUUGAAGACUGAUACAGCGUGAAAUAUGUACAUAGCCUUAUUUGUAUUUUUAUAACUUUACCACACAAUGAACGAAGAUGAUUCACAUCAACAUGAUGUUAUGAUUCUGCACCUCCUGCUUUCACAAAGACAAGCACACAUGUCUGUAGCAUUGAUCAUCUCUGGUGGGAAUUUGCCAAUCAAAGGACUUCAGUGUGUUUAUAUGGAUCAUUUUCAGCACCAAGAUACUGAUUUUAAGGACAAAUAUUCACUGGAUAACGUUUGAAUUGUCAAACUUGAUUUUCUUCUUUACAAUGUUGCUUGAAGCCAAGUUCUUCUUUCUUAAAGAGAAUGUUGAAAUGUUGGUGGAUAAUACAUCUAUAGUCAAGUGUCUGCUUCAUGAGAAAAUAGUUUCAACCCUAUUUGAAAGUGCAAGAGAAAAUACAUCUUAAAAUCAUACUUGAACAUAAAAAUGAAAAUGAAUAAUACAGAUUCUGUCAACAAAAAAGGGAAGCGAAUGAUGCUUAUACAUUUCUUUAUUAGCAUUUGAAAUAGAGAGGAAAUAGAGAGAGAGCAGAGUGUUACAGUUCUUACUUCUAAGGAAAGAAGGAAAAAAACGUAACACGAAGUUCAAAACCUAUUUAAUGAUCUUUCUGUUGGAAUGUUGAGGCAGGAUUUAUCAUUUAAAAGAAAAAUCAUUCAAAAGUAUAGACCAAUGGGUUUCAAUUAGGGAGGAUGGCAGCUGUGUUUAGUGUGAUGGAAAUGAUGAAUGAACAGAAUUGUGUUUUGUUUUUUAAAUAAAUAAAAGUAGCAUGAAAACACCAAUGUUGUCAUUUGGCAUUUAACAGGUGUAUAAUAAGACAUACAAAUGAUUGGGUUGAACACUUUCUGUUUUGACUGAAAGUGUCUGUUUUUUUUUUUUUUUUUUUGCAACAGAAUUUGCAAUAAUAUAACAAGGAACUGAGAUCAAGAGUGUAUAAAAAGGGCCGUGGAAUAUCACGCACAGACAGCUUAGCCACAUCCUGAAAAACAGCUGCUACAUGACUCAUGGUUCACCAACACUGUACAGCAAAAUGCAGACAUUCAGCUUUGUCAGAGAACUUUUAAAUGAAAAAAGUCACUGCGUAUCCAGUCUUUUGGGACUUACAGAAAAUAUGUAUGGAAUGUUAAAGUAUGUACUACAUUGUACAUGUUAAAACACUAACACAUUGUUCUUGUUUGUAUGGCACUUUAAAGAAGAGGAAGGAAAAGUUGCAAAUGUAGACAUUUAAAUGAAGCGCCGGAGGAUUGCAAAAAGCUUUUCAAAAUAAACCACUGUACCACCAACUUUGUGCAAAUCAUCAUGUAUUUGUCAAUCAUUGUGUUAAGUGAAAUUCCCCUGUCU